AUGAGACUCUCUUUCACCUUUUUCCUAUCACUUAUUGCCUUGGCCGUGUGCGAUACGUUCUCCUGCGGCGACACGGUGUACAGCUCUAAAAAGCUCACCACAGCGACCGGGGAAGCAUGCUCUUUGUUGAAGAAAGGCCGCUCAGUUGGAAGAAAUAAAUAUCCGCACGAGUACAGGAACCUCGAGAAGAUUAAACUCACCGGCAGCGGGCCUUACUACGAAUUUCCCGUUUUCGCAAACGGUGAAGUAUACGAUGGCGGUUCUCCUGGACCCGAUCGAGUCAUUAUUACCAAGGAUUGCAAGCAAGCAGGCGUCAUCACUCACAAGGGGGCCAGUGGAAAUAGCUUUGUCACUUGCUCACCUACUUCUGUUGGUACCUUGAACAGCCAGUCCGUCUUUGCUCUCUGUUUCGCCAUGAUGCUUCACGCAGUCUUUGCCUGA